AUGGACGACCGCCGCUCGAAACGCUCCCGCUUCGACCAGACCGAGCCUGAAGUGCGACGCCCAUCGCGCUUCGACCGCCGUUCUCGAUCCCCGUCGUCGCGACAGUCCGAAUCGACUCGAGCCCGCAGCCCCUUCAGUCGUGAGCCUCGCAGCCCCAGCGCAGACACCGCAAAGAAAGCCGAUCCUGCCGCCGCAGCUGCGGCCGCCGCGGCCAAGAUCAACGCUCAGUUGCAGGCAAAGAAAGGGAUCCAGCAUGUCGAUGUUCCUCCAAUCCGCUCGACCGCAAGCCCUGCGCCACGAUCUGGCUCGCCGUCCGGCGCCGACGCCUCUGGAAAGUUGAACGCGGAGAUCUACGUUGCUGAUGGGGACUACAUCAAGGAUAUCGAAAUCAAUGACUUGCGCAACCGCUACACGCUGACCAAGGGCUCUACUCAAAAGAUGAUCAAAGAAGAAACUGGCGCCGAUGUCACUACACGAGGAAAUUACUACCCCGACAAGAGCAUGGCCACCGCGGCGAACCCCCCGCUCUAUCUCCACGUAACGAGCACGAACAAAGAAGGUCUCGAACAAGCCGUUGCCCUGAUCGACGAUCUCAUGAAGAAGGAACUCCCCAAUCUGGUCGACGAGCGCCGAUUCCGUCGUCGGGAGCCCGAACAAGUGGAGCGUGAUGAGUAUGGCCGUCGCAAAUGGCCCGAGGAGCGGAUCCCCGUCGACCUCGAACCGAUCCCGGGCUUCAACCUCCGUGCCCAGGUUGUCGGACAGGGCGGUGCCUACGUGAAGCACAUCCAGCAGAAGACCCGCUGCAAAGUCCAAAUCAAGGGCCGCGGCUCUGGUUUCAUGGAGCCCAGUACCGGCAGAGAAAGCGACGAGACGAUGUUCCUGCACGUUGCUGGCCCCGACCCGAACGAAGUGCAGAACGCCAAGUCCCUAUGUGAGGAUCUGCUGGCCAAUGUGAAGGAACAGUACCAGCGCUUCAAGGAGAACCCACCCCAGCACAACUACGGCGGUGGUGGCGGCGGCGGCUAUGGUGGUCAGCGUGGAGACCGGUACAACAACAACUACGGUGGAGGCUACGGCGGAGGGGGUGGUGGUGGCGGCGGUGGAUACGGAAACCGCCAGCACCAGAACUCGCCCUCGACGUCCGCGAGCCCGUCGACACAAGCUCCGGGGGCUGGCUCGGGAACCGGAACUCCAGACUACAGCGCCCAGUAUGCCCAGUACUACGGAGCCGACCCGUACGCCGCCUACGGAGGCUACCAGAACUACGUUGCCUACUACCAGUACUACCAGCAGGCUGCUGCCCAACAGCAACAGCAGUCCCAAAGCCCUGCUCCUCCGCCGCCUCCGCCAGCCAGCGAGGCUCCCCCGCCCCCGCCUCCGGGUUCGGGCUCUCCGCCUCCUCCGCCUCCUUCUGGCGGUAGCUACAGUGCUGUCCCUCCCCCUCCCGGACUGUGA